AGUUAGUUGUGACCCGUUUCACCACAGAAGAAGAGCGCUUUGUUGGAGGAGGUUUGAGUCGUGGCUUACAACUUUUAGCUCAUGUUAAUUUGAUUUUAUUCUCAUCCACACUGAAGAAUUCAGCUGUAACGUUAAGUAAAAGGCUAAUGAGUAAUUCGCCGACAGUAUAUUUUAUUAAGUGUAGCACCAAAGCGUCAUUUUAUCGUUUGUUCUGCGGACGGAUACCUGUUUAGCCUACUUGCUAACUUCCUUAGCUAACUGUUAUUGUUAGCUAGUUUUGUGCUAACAUGUCUGGCGUAGGUCUCGUUAGAGGACCGGCAGGAAGCAACGACUGUCGGAUAUAUGUUGGGAAUCUCCCCCCUGACAUACGCUCAAAGGAUGUUGAAGACUUGUUUUACAAAUAUGGAGCCAUUCGUGAUAUCGAUCUGAAAAACCGAAGAGGAGGACCGCCGUUUGCCUUCGUUCAGUUCGAGGACGCGAGGGAUUCUGAGGAUGCUGUGUACGGGCGUGAUGGAUAUGACUACGAUGGCUACCGCCUGCGUGUUGAGUUUCCUAGAAGUGGACGGGGGGGAGGAGGAGGAGGAGGGGGUGGGGGUGGUGGUCGUGGUGGUGGUGAUGGUGGACCAAUGGGACCCCAGAGUCGAAGGCAUGGCCCCCCCUCCCGACGCUCUGAGUACAGGGUUCUUGUGUCAGGUCUUCCUUCCAGUGGAAGCUGGCAGGACCUGAAGGAUCACAUGCGAGAGGCAGGUGAUGUAUGUUAUGCUGAUGUGUACCGUGAUGGCACCGGGGUAGUGGAGUUUGUACGCAAAGAAGACAUGAGCUACGCUGUCCGUCAUUUGGAUAACACCAAGUUUCGCUCUCAUGAGGGAGAGACGGCCUACAUUCGCGUUAAGGUGGACGGUCCUCGCAGUCCCAGCUAUGGUCGUUCUCGCUCUCGUAGUCGCAGCCGUAGCCGAAGCAGGAGCGGGUCACGUCGCAGCAGAGGGUCUCCACGUUACUCCCCUCGCCGCUCCCGCUCCCGCACCUAGAUCCACCCUAGCUAAAGCAAUGGUGUGCCUCGGAGCCGGAGAGGAAAUCUUCACAUCACUCAAAAAAUCCUGUAUACUCACCACGGAUCAUCUCAUACACUGUUUUCUCGUGUGUUCCCUAUUCCCCCACUUUUUGUUGCAGUUUUCUUUUUUUAGUUUUCAUUUUUGUACACGGCCCGUUUCACUCUGUCGUUCUUCCUUUUCCCCUUCGCAUCGGUUUUCUGCUAACCAUCUCUCACCCUCUGUAAUAUUUCUUCUACUUGUCCUCGUACACUUUGUUUUGUUUCCUUUUGGAAAUAUUUUACUUCUUUUUAAGCAUAUACUACUGUCCUUUGACCCUCUUGUGUGUCUCUCUGUAGAGUUCAGAGGAACAGGAUAGGAUGGGAACAGAGGAAACAGUUCAUAUUAGGAUAAACAGGAGGAGGAGUCAAAUAUGGCACCAAUGGUAUGAUGGCUGUGCCUUGUCAACUGUGAAAUCUGCAUUAUAAGGCUGUUCAGUUUUUUUUUUUUUUUUUUUACAUACAAUUGACAAUAGUGUCUAAUGUUUUCAGUUGUAACAAGUUCUGUAUACCACUUUGUAUUUGGAGACCCAAAGCUUGUGUUUUAUUGCUUUUGCUCAUCUUAUAGCCUCCAAGUAAAUCUUUUUUUGGGACUGAUCAUAGAAGGUGUUCCCUGUUUUUCUCAAAGUAAACUCCCUGGUAGAUGCUUUUAUUGACAUUUUAUCUUAGUAUUUUCUGAAGGUGUGAUUCUAACUUACCUCCUUCUCUUUGGUUCUGCUGGUAUUCUGAAGGUUUGGACUGGGCUCAUUGUCCCCCAUUCCGGAGCCGGAUCAGGAUUCAGGAUCAGAUCAGGAUUAGGAUUAGGCUUCAGGAUGGAUACAUGGAUCAGGAGCAUGGGAGCAUUUUACCGGGAGAGGAUCCUGACCCCCGGCCCUGUCCACAUAACCCCAUCAAACUGGAAAUAGGGAAAUAUUCGAACUAAAUUGGCUUUCAAAUAAUAAAAAAAAAAAAUCCAUUUUGAGGGGGACCUCAGAGACACAAUUACUGACGGCACUGUGACGAGUGAUUUAUUUUUCAGAUUUUUGUUUUUCAAAAUUAUAAAAAAGAAGAGCAAAGCACAGCUCAAAACCAGGAGGAGGGCUGGGAGGUGAAGGAUGGAACCACACGCUUAAGGAGAGUGGUAAAUAGUGGGCGACCAUUAACAGCGGAGGAGGGAGGGGGGGACUAGGACGCGACAAGGGAAUGUGACCUUAAUGUGGUUUGUAUCUUUUUCUUAGGUCAGUGUUUUGCUGCAGAUGAUGAUUUCUGAUUUUCUGAAGUAUAAAUCUCCAGUAUCCUAAAGCUUUAUUCUCUUUUAAUAAAACUUUCAAUAACAUAA